AGGACGUAAGGGGCUGGGUGAAAAGAGGUUGACUGGCGGUAAAAACAGUGGAGGGAAAGAGGUUGGGUGACGCAUUGAGGUAUGGGGAUUAGCAACAUGGGUUAGCGGGGUUUCCGGGUGGCUUGAGGUAAGCAGUGAGGAGGCCUGGGGUGGAAAGGAGGCGUGACUGGAACUGCGUGCGCGGAUGGGCCCAAUGAAGUGGUUCUUAUGCGGGACUUUUAUCCCGCUUCGUGACCUUAAGUAUGCAUGGCUUUCUUUUCGAAGCCGAAUACCUGCUGUGGGUAUGUCAGUCAAGUGUCUGGGUAGCCAUCCAUGGUGCCAUAAUCCCUGCUAUGCUAGGUCAAUAGCGUUGGCUGUUUGUCAUUAGCCAUAAGCUACCUGCAGUCUAUCUAGCUAGGAACGCAUUAGCUGGCGGGUCAUCAACUAUUCGGUAGGCCGGUGCUGUAGGUUGAACGCGACGAUCAGGAUGACAUGACGGUUGGUGGUUACCCUACCCUGCAAGCGUGCACGUCACAAUGUUUUGCAUAGUGUUUUGCACCGGUGUUCGAUCACUGAACAGUGACAGGGAAGACGCAAUGGAUAUUGUAUGAGUGCUUCUUCGGGCAAAGCGGAAGUCGCGACCCUGCUUCCACAGGGUCGACUUCACCUGGUCCCAGGAUGCAGCAGCUAGGACGCACUUUUAUUAACAAGAAAGCACAAAGUGUAAGCGCGCAUCCGUCGCUGGGUCGAGCGGGGCCUGUUGGCGCGAAGCUUCUCAACAAAGGUUCAGCAAGGCGCAUAGUUCGUCCAUCGGCAUUUCCCUAUGAUUUCAGCGAGGACCCGGCAAACGUCUUGGAAAUCCUGCGGGAGGAGAAUCAACUGCUCAAAGAGACCAUAGCUGAAGCUAAAGUAUCAAUCGCAGCGCUGGAGACGCAGCUGCGGACGGCAGGGGUGCCCAUUCCCCCGCCCGAGGACGCACCUGGCAUCAUGCCUCCCGCACCGGAGGACUACUGGAGCCCUGUGCUGGAGAUGCCCGCCAACCACGAGUACCGGGACCGGUACGGCAGCAUCAGUGCCGUACCCGGGCACGACGGUACCGAGUGCUUCCGCUGGGACCCGUCGCUCUGGAACUUUGCAGAGCACUUCAGGUACCGGUGGCGGCGGCUGCGGGAGCUGCGGGCAGCCAUCCAGGACAGCGAGGGAGGACUGGACGCAUUUACACGCGCUUACACCCGCUUCGGCCUCAACCGCGGGGAGCACCAGGGGCGCAGGGGCAUCUGGUACCGAGAGUGGGCGCCAGGGGCCAAGGCCCUCGCCCUCAUAGGCGACUUCAACAACUGGACCCCGGGCGACCAGCACUGGGCCUUCAAGAACGAGUGGGGCGUGUGGGAGCUGUUCCUGCCCGACGCCCCCGACGGCAGCCCCGCGCUGCGCCACCGCUGCCGCGUCAAGUGCCGGUUGGAGAGCGCGGAGGGGCGCUGGCUGGAGCGCAUUCCCGCGUGGAUAAAGUGGGCGACGCAGGAGUGGAACGAGAUCCUGUUCAAUGGUGUGUAUUGGGACCCCCCCGAGUCGGGUGCCCCGGGGGAGAUCGCGCCGGACAAGAAGUACGUCUUCAAAUACCCGCGGCCGCCCCGCCCCCGCGCGCUGCGCAUCUACGAGUGCCACGUGGGCAUGAGCAGCCAGCAGCCCAAGAUCAACUCCUACCUGGAGUUCAGGCGGGACGUGCUGCCGCGCGUGCGGGCGCUGGGCUACAACGCCAUUCAGAUCAUGGCCAUCCAGGAGCAUGCGUACUAUGGCUCCUUCGGCUACCACGUAACCAGCUUCUUCGCGCCCAGCAGCCGUUGCGGCACCCCGGAGGAGCUGCGGGCGCUGAUCGAUGAGGCACACCGACUAGGGCUGGUGGUCCUGAUGGACAUUGUGCACAGCCACGCCUCCAAAAACACCAACGACGGUAUCAACAUGUUCGAUGGUACGGACGGCAUGUACUUCCACGGCGGGGCGCGGGGGCAGCACUGGAUGUGGGACAGCAGGUGCUUCAACUACGGCAAUUGGGAGACGCUGCGCUUCCUGCUGUCUAACGCGCGCUACUGGGCGGAUGAGUUCAAGUUCGACGGGUUCCGGUUCGACGGAGUGACGAGCAUGAUGUACCACCACCACGGCCUGUCGUACACCUUCACGGGUGCCUACGAGGAGUACUUCGGCCUCAACACCGAUGUGGAUGCGCUGGUGUACCUCAUGCUGGCCAACAACAUGCUGCACGACCUCUUCCCGAACUGCGUAACGAUAGCCGAGGACGUGUCCGGCAUGCCGGCCCUGUGCCGCCCCUGGCACGAGGGCGGACUGGGUUUCGACUACCGGUUGCACAUGGCGGCGGCAGACAAAUGGGUGGAGCUGCUGCGGGGGCGGCCGGACGGGGGCUGGGACCCGGGGGAGAUCGCACACACGCUCACAAACAGGAGGUACGCGGAGGCGUGUGUGGGUUACGCCGAGUCGCAUGACCAGGCGCUGGUGGGCGACAAGACGCUGGCCUUCUGGCUGAUGGACAAGGAGAUGUACGACCACAUGUCUCUCCCCGGCCUGGGUCCCCCCUCCCCCAUCAUCGACCGGGGCAUCGCGCUGCACAAGAUGAUCCGCCUAGCCACCUUUGCGCUGGGAGGGGAGGGGUACCUGAACUUCAUGGGUAACGAGUUCGGUCACCCCGAGUGGAUCGACUUCCCGCGCGACGACAGCUACGACCCCUCCACGGGGCGCCUGGUGCCGGGCAACGGCGGCUCUCUUGACAAGUGCCGGCGGCGGUGGGACCUUGCGGACUCUCCGCACCUGCGCUACCGCUGGCUGGGCGCGUUUGACCGGGCGCUGAUGCACCUUGACAAGGCCUUCGGCCUGCUCUCCUCCCCCCACUGCGCCACCUCCCGCGCCGACCCCGCCUCAAAGCUGCUGGUGAUCGAGCGCGGCGAGCUGCUGGCGGUGCUUAACUGGCACCCCACCGACUCGUACACCGACCUGAGGGUGGGCUGCAACGCCGGGGGGGCCUACAAGGUUGUCCUCAGCAGCGAUGAGGAGGUGUUCGGCGGGUUCCGCAACGUGAGCAAGGAGGCGGGGGUGACCUUCACAGCCAGCCCCACCCCGCACGACGGCCGGCCCUUCUCCCUGCAGCUGUACGCGCCCUCCCGCACCGCAGUGGUGUAUGCGCCCGCGGAGUGGGUGGAUCCGGGGGCGGACCUGAAGCCGCAUGGGAUAGCGGGGCUGGGGGUGCGGGACAUGGGGCCGUACUUUGCGAGAUGAGGAGGGGCAGGGGGGUGGGGAAGAAUACCCAGUGCGUUGAUUGAGAGAAUGGCAAACUAGGGUGGGGUGGGGGGUACGGAGAAAGAAGGCAACCGUAUGACGGAACCUGUGAGUGGUGAGCGUGACUGGGUUGAGAGCCCAUUAGGUGUGGGACGGCGUUCUAUGGAAGGUGUGCAUGAGAGGGGAGGUAGGAGCAGUAGGAAGGGGGUAGAAGAGAGUGGGAGGGUUGGGGCCCUUCCCUGGGCCUGCAGCAUGGGAUGGAGUUUUGCGGAGUAGAGGAAGGAGAGGACGAUUGAGGAGGGGUGUUGAGAGUGGAGGGAGGUAUAGGGAGCGGCGGAGAGAGGAGGGGCGUGGGAAGGCAGCGGAAUAAUAACAGGUGCAGGAGUUGUUGUGCGCGGAGCUGUUUAAGGCGCGGAGCGAGAGGUUUGUGUGGCUGGACCCGCCCUCCGCGCGAUGUGCGGGUGUGGAACGGGAAGGAAGGACCGGGUCGAGCCCUGUGUGGCUACGUUACCAGUGCAGUGCAGUGCAGGCAUGCGGGGUGCUGGCGGGUCGAACGCAGCAGAGCAGCAGGUGUGGCUUGCAGUUGUGCGGAGGGCAGGUGUUGCAGCAGCUGGUGGUGCUGUGCCGGGGUAGGAGGGGGCGGUCCCCUGCUUCCCCUGGCGGUGGCGGUGGCUGCUGUGUGCGGUGGUGGGGGCAUGCAUGGGGCUCCUCCUGAGCCGGGGGAUGGAGCACCCGUGUGUCGUUGCUCAAGUGCCGUGUGUAAGGUUCAGACCCCAAGCACGCCCUGCAUACCCCGCGAAUUCCCAUCAGUACCGGUACCUUAGGGCCGCCGGGCUGGAGGGUGUUGACGACAUGGCUGGGUAGGUGAGGCACAGGGGGAGCAGCAGCUGGAGUGAGAGGAAAGGAGCUCCGGACUUACAGGCGGGUCAGGGCUUGGUUGGCCGCGAGCUGUGCUUGCAGGACGUGCUGCACUCGCUAGCGUGGGGGUGUCGAGCAGGCAGCAGAUAGAUGUCUCAGUUAUCCACUUUGGGGGGGUUGUGUUGUAUGGCAGUGGUAUGAUGAGACAUACGCGUAUACCGGGACCACCUUAUAGACACGGUGAGUGGGCUUCCGGCAUGUCUGAACUUCAAAACCAGAGCAUACUUGCAAGGAGGAUUCCACAGAGCACAGCCUAUGGGCAACACACUUCUUCAGGGC